AUGGAAGGCUGGUGUGAGUUUAAGGCAAGGAUGAAAAAUGGUUCAAGGAUUAUGACUAAGCUUGAUGCUGGACAUGAGAAAACAGUACAAGAAAACAGGCAGUACAUGAGAGCAGUCAUAGAAUCACUGCGGUUUACUGCUUGUCAAACAAUUGCACAGAGAGGGCACAGGGAAGAUCAGCAGUCCACAAACAGAGGUAAUUUUAUUGAACUGUUAAAUCUGCUGGGAAAGUUUGACACCAUUGUCUCAAAGAAAUUGUCCAGUGGACCUGGGAAUGCCAAAUAUAUGCAUCAUGAUAUCCAGGAUGAGCUGAUUGAUGUUAUGGCCAGCAUGGUGAGGGAACAAGUGAGCAACGAGGUUAAGCUGGGAGAGCAUUUUGCUUUAAUGGUGGAUGAAACAAAGGAUGUGAGCAAAAAAGAGCAGAUAUCUGUUGCUCUGCGAUAUCUAAACAAUGAUAUGAUUCAUGAAGAGUUUCUGGACUUUAUUUCUGCAGAGGGCCUGGAUGCAGAGUCUUUACACAAAUCAGUUAAACAAACACUGGCUAAGUGUAGCAUAGACAAACAUGCAUGCAUUGCACAGUGCUAUGAUGGGGCCUCUGUCAUGUCCGGGUGCAACAAUGGUGUCCAGGAAAGGUUUCGCCAAGAAGUGCCACAUGCGCUUUACAUCCAUUGCUAUGCACACAGAUUAAACUUGGUUUUAGUUGACUGUGUACAUAAUGUGAAACCAGUUGCAGAAUGCUUUGCAACGGUCAAGAUGUUGUACAACUUCUUUUCUGGGACAGUGACUCACAAGGUGUUCAUGGAGAAGCAACAAGAACUUGAGCCCACCAAACGCACAGUGGAAUUGAAAAGACUAUCAGAUACCAGGUGGGCCUGCCAAUAUUCUACACUGUGGGCAAUAAAAAGAACUCUCCCUGCUCUCUUAGCAACUCUUGUGGAUGUGAGCAACCAGACGAAUGCUCAUAGAGCUACUGAAGCAAGAUCACUGAUUGGACUGAUUGAUGCACAAUUUGUUGUGCACAUCUGUAUGCUGGAGAGCAUAUUCAAGCUCACAAAGAACUUAUCUGAUCAUCUACAGACCAAAGAUUUGGAGCUGGCAUCUGCCAUUGAUCUGGUCUUUGCAGUUGUUGAUACCCUCAAUGACAAACGCAAUGCUGAAACAUGGACUGAAAUCUGGGAGUGUGCUAGUGAUAUGUGUGAGACAGUUGGCAUUGACAUGCAGCGCCCACAGGACUUUGUGGUGAACAGCCAAACAGGAUCAAAAGAGCCGCUGGAAACCUCAGAAGACUAUCAGAACCACUGCUAUUUCCCUGUAAUCAAUCGAUUAAUCAGUGAAUUGGACAGGCGGUUUUCCUCUGACAGCUGUCACGUUCUAAAAGGAGCAACAGCUCUUAACCCAAAACACGAGACAUUCUUGGACAAAGAUACUCUUUUGCCCAUGGCUGAACAUUAUGGCGUAUUGAUUGAAAACCUCUCAGCAGAACUUCACCAGUUAAAAAGACUGAUUGAGAGGAAAAACCAAAGGGGGGACGUUGUCAGCACCACCCAUGAUGUGCUGGUGCUUUUGAGGCCAUACAAGGAUGCAUUCGUUGACCUGUUCAAGCUUGUCUGUAUCUCUAUGACACUGCCUGUCACAUCAGCUUCAUGUGAGAGGAGCUUCUCCUGCUUAAGGCGUUUGAAAACCUACCUGAGGAACAAAAGCGGAGAUGCUCGUACCAGCAAUCUGGGUGUCCUGGCAAUUAGUUCAAGCAGGGCCAAAGCACUUGAUGUCGAGGCAGUGAUUAACCGCUUUGCAGCCAAUCACAACAACAGGCGGAUCGUUCUGUUGUGAGUGACCAGUGAGUACACAAUUCUUU